GAAUGAGUUUAGCGGCCAUGUUGUUUCACUGAUUGACUUCAGAAUGAGUUCGAUGUCAGUUGUGUCUGUUUUAUACGGAAUAUUUCCCAAGUGUCCUAUCUCAAAAACGUGACUUUAACCUACAUCAAUGUACCUUGUGAAAUUUUGUUUGAAUGAGAUUACCCUAACUAGUAAUGUGGCUUUUGGAGACAGCUAAAUGAUACGUGUCAAUCAAGGAAAAAUAAGUUUUUUUCACAAUUCUACAUUUCAACACUUUGUUGCAAUCGCCCUUAUAGGAAUACAAUUAUUCGUAUAAAAGGAUUGCCGCUGUGCAGUAAUAGCAUUCUCCGUCUAGUACCUGAAUACAACAACAUGUCUACCUUCGCUCUCCUUCUCCUCUGCGCUCAGGCCUGCCUGAUCCAAAACGUAUAUGGCCAGUCCUUGGGUGGACUAGGCGGUUGCGGUUGUGGAGGUGGCUGGAAUGGUUGGAACGGACUCGGUGGUGGUUGGAACGGACUAGGUCUUGGCUGGAACGGCAUCGACGGUGGAUACGGCGGUGGUUGCGGUUUAUACGGAGGUGAGGGUAUCGGUAACGUUGGAGUCGCCGGUGAGCUGCCCGUCGGUGGUGUCACCGCUGUCGGCGGCCGCGUGCCCAUCAUCGGUGGUGUCGAGUACGGAGGUCCCGCCUGCGCCGCUGGUGCCGUCUCCAUCUGCGGACACUGCGCUCCCACCUGCGGAUGUGGACGCGCUGGUUUCGGUGGAUACUACUGAAAAUGUAAAGAAAGAAAAUACGGCAAUCCUCAAUUAAUUAAACUCUGAUCGAUGCAAACGUA